UUGGCCCCCAUACAUAUUUAAUUAGAAACUACUUCAAAUGUCAAGAACCGGGAACUAAUUUAUGCUCCCAAUUGGCCUGUGUGCUCGAGAUGAUAGAAUCCAUUAAGUUCUAGAAGAGCCAACCAAUGAAAGCAAGUCUUAGCCAUCUUUAUUGAUUGCGAAUCUCAAGGGCUGUGCAUUUUAGCAAUGGGAUUCUUUUGCAGAGAUACGAUCCUAUUCCCUAUCUUGAUCAUAUUUGGUUGCUCUUGUUUUUACUUUUGCAGCGCUAAAGACACAAUCACUUCAUCAAAAUACAUCAAGGAUCCUGAAACUAUUAGUUCCAGCGGGAGUUUGUUCAUAUUGGGAUUUUUCACCCCUGAAAAUUCUACAAACCGCUAUGUGGGAAUCUGGUACAAGACCCAAUCCAAUAUUGUAUGGGUAGCUAACAGAAACCAGCCAUUGAAAGAUUCAUCUGGGACUGUUAAAAUAUUUGAGGAUGGCAAUCUUGUGGUAUUAAAUGGGCAAAACCAAAUCAUUUGGUCAUCAAAUGUGUCAAAUACUGCAGUCAACACAACUUGUCAGCUUUUAGAUUCUGGAAAUCUUGUCCUUCUAGACAACUCUGCAGAAAACAUCUUCUGGCAAAGUUUCGAGCAUCCUACUGAUUCAUUCCUCCCACAUAUGAAACUUACAAGUAACAAAAGAACAGGUGAGAAACUAAGAAUCACAUCAUGGACAAGUUUGUCAGAUCCAUCAAUUGGUAAGUUCUUCAUCACACUUGAACGCCUAGAUAUUCCUGAAAUAUUCAUCUGGAAUGGAACUCGCCCAUAUUGGCGUAGUGGUCCAUGGAAUGGUAGAACCUUUACUGGUAUAUACUAUAUGAAUUCCUUUUAUCUUAAAGGUUUUCGUAUAAUAGAUGAUGGGGAAGGAACUAUUUAUUCGUCUUUUAGUUUUCCUGAUGUGACAAAAUUCAUCCUCUUUGUCUUAGAUUUUCAAGGCGUAUUAUAUGAAAAAGAUUGGUUUAAUGAUACAAUUCAACCACAACAGAAUUAUAGUAUUCAAACUUCAGAAUGUGAUAUUUAUGGUUUAUGUGGAUCAUUUGGAAGCUGCAACCCAAAUAGUUCACCUAUAUGCAACUGUUUGAGAGGGUUUGAACCGAGCAGUAGAAUGGAAUGGGAUAUGAAAAACUGGACUAAUGGUUGUGUUAGGAAGACAACUUUGCAGUGUGAGAAGGUGAAGGAUGGACGUGCACAAGGCAAAGAAGAUGGAUUUUUGAAGUUACAGAUGGUUAAAGUGCCAGAUUUUGCAGAAAGGUCUUCUUCUUCAGAGGAGACAUGCAGAAGCCAGUGCUUGGAGAACUGUACUUGUGUAGCUUACUCAUACAGUCCUGAAAUAGGUUGCAUGUCUUGGAAAGGAAAUCUAAUUGACAUACAGCAGUUCCCAAUAGGAGGACUUGAUCUAUAUGUUCGUCUAGCCUAUUCAGACCUAGAAAAGGGGAGACACGUGAGAACAAUCAUUAUCAUUAUAGCAAUAAUAGGAACAAUUAUCAUUGCUUUUGGUGCAUAUGUUUUAUGGAAAAGGAUAGUGAAACACUCAGAGAGAAAAUCAAAGAAUAGAUGGUUCUCACGAUUAAGGAAAGGUGAAGAAUAUUCAGAGAAAGCACAAGACAUCAAUAUAGUAGAAUUGUCACGUGCCAAACUACCAGACCUAUUGACAUAUGAUUUUGAGAAGGUUGCAAUGGCUACAAACAAUUUCGACCAGUCUAAUAAACUUGGGCAGGGUGGCUUUGGUCCAGUGUACAAGGGUAUAUUUCAAGAUGGUCAGAAUAUAGCAGUUAAAAGACUUUCUAGAGCCUCUGGACAAGGACUGGAAGAAUUUAUGAAUGAGGUCAUUGUCAUUUCUAAGCUUCAACAUCGUAAUCUUGUAAAACUCCUCGGUUGCUGCAUUGAAGGAGGAGAGAAGAUGUUAAUCUAUGAGUACAUGCCAAAUAAAAGUUUGGAUACAUUUCUUUUUGAUCCAUCAAAACAAAAACUCCUAGAUUGGAGAAAGCGUUUUAUCAUAAUUGAAGGAAUAGCUCGAGGAGCACUUUAUCUUCAUCGAGAUUCUAGGCUAAAAAUUAUACACAGAGACCUAAAGGCAGGCAACAUAUUGUUGGAUGAGAACAUGAAUCCAAAAAUAUCAGAUUUUGGCAUGGCUAGAAUUUUUGGAGGGAGUGAAGAUCAAGCUAAUACAAGAAGAGUUGUUGGAACCUACGGGUACAUGUCUCCUGAGUAUGCAAUGGAAGGAUUAUUUUCAGAGAAGUCAGAUGUAUUUAGUUUCGGAGUUUUAUUAUUAGAGAUUGUAAGUGGAAGAAGAAACUCAAGUCCUCAUAACAAUGAGGACACUCUCAGCCUUUUAGGAUUUGCCUGGAAAUUAUGGAAUGAAGAGAAUAUAACAAUGUUAAUAGAUCCUAAAAUAUAUGAUACAAACCUGGAGAAGGAUAUAUUGAGGUGCAUACACAUAGGGCUUUUGUGUGUGCAAGAGCUUGCAAGAGAAAGGCCAAGCAUGAGCACUGUGGUUUCUAUGCUUAACAGUGAGAUUGUAAAUCUUUCUCCUCCAAAGCAACCUGCAUUCAUCCAGUGGCAGAGUUUGUUGUGUUCUACAUCCAAUGAAGGAAGUCAAGGAUUGUUUUCAAACAAUACUGUUAGCAUUACAGAAAUAUGUGGAAGAUAACUACAAUACUACAUUUUCAAUGAAAUAAUUCAGAUUUUCUUUUAGAGUGCAUAUACAAUUUCUGAUAUUCCAGAAAAAGAAAUUUCUCCUACCCAUGGAUUUUUCUUCUUCUUUUUUCUUUUAUCAUUCAAUGACUUGUAAUGUUUUUGCUAUGUGAAAACAUGAUGAGUAAUUCUUUACAGAUCAGACACAUCAAGUACAGUGGC